AUGUUCAAAGUCCGCUGCCGCUACGCCUGCUCAGACAAAACCUUCAGCACCUCAGGCGCUCUGCGCGAUCACAUGCGCCGCACGCACAACCUGGUCCCGGAUACCCUCGUCCCAGGCCGCGACUACACGAUCUGCAACCGGUGCCAGCGGAAAUUGCUGUGGUAUGAGUAUGAUAAACACAUCAAGCACCAGAAGGGCAAGCACAAGGGUGAGGUGCGAAGUGUGCUUAUUUUGUUGAUCGGAGUGAGGUGGCGGGUGCAAGCUGAGGGUGAUGAUGGCUGGAUCUUGACGGGUGGUGCCCUCUUCGAGGAUGUGCUAGAGGUACAGGUACAGCGUGCCAUGAUACUUGAUGUACAUUUGGCGAAAGCGCUCCUCCUCAGGAUCGGCCGCUCCAGGAUGCUCCGCGGCCAAUUGCUCGGCAGUGUGAUCGUGCUCGUUACAUGUAUUAAGCUGACAGGGAGGUCACAAUGUGAUCAAUAG